AUGGAUUUCAAUUCUUCUCUUCUUUAAGAGGCAUUGCUCAAGAUAUAAAAUUAAAGAGACUAGCCUUAAGUGAUAAACUCCACCAUUAAAAACUUACUCCAUAGCAAUAAUUUAGCAAUUAGGCCAAUUCCAGAGGGUGGAUCUAAUUUGAUGAGGGCAGUCUCAGAUUGCCUUUAUUUUACAACUAGCAAGUACUAAGAAAUUUAGGCGCUUUGUUUCAAAUACUUUUAGAAGCUUUUUCAGCAAAAGAAACUUACAAGAACUCUCGAAAAAUUCUAUCAUAACUUUUAACUUCUUUCAGAUUAUUGCAAUAAUCCAGAACUUUCCAUAUUUGAUGAUGUUAAUUUGGAAGUUGUUUCAAUGAUUUACAAAGUUAAAGUGAUAGUGUUCUCGGUAGGCGAUGAUUCUUAUUUGAAUUCUAAGUAGUUUAAUAGCAAAAAUCACACAAAGAUAAUUCAACUUUUAUGGGAUGAUGGAAUUUAUACUCCUGUCUAUGACGAACAGUUCUUAGAUCAUGCAAAAAUGGCUUAAAAUCUUGUUUAUGAAAUUUUAGGAAAAGUCAUAGAGGCUGAGCUAGUCAAUCCUGACCAUGAUUUUGUUCAUCUCGAAUUCUAGCACCAAUAAGAUAAAGAAAACAAGAGAGAGAGUCGUAAAUCUCCUUACAAGUUCCCAGCACCAACAGAAGGACUAUAGAUAAAAAGGAGCUUUUCUCAACAGAAUUUAAAAGAAUUAGAUCAAGAUAAAGAAAAAAGUAAUGAUAAAGAGUUUUCAGCUUAAGUUGGCUACCACAAUUUAAAAACUGCUAAUGAAAGAAUUAUGACUUAAAGCAAUAAGCAGCAGAAGCAUUUUACUUUUAAUUUGAAUGAAUGUAAUGAUGAAUACGAACAGCCUCCAGCUGAGGAUUCUAAAAGGUAGUUCUUUACAGAAUUCUUGGAUCCCUGGACAAAUCUACUCCUUCACCAAAACGAAGAAAGCUAAGAAUGUGCCCCUAUUUCACCAGUAGGAUACAAAUAAUUUAUGUAUAUCUAAAUGCAGUAGCAGUAAUAGAUAAAUGCUUAUAAUUAUACCUAGUACUAAGUUCCAUAAAUACCUCCUAUUUAUUAACCUUAUCCAAAUGCAGCUCCUUCUCCUUUACCUAAUCCUUACACUACACAACCUCCUCCAACUUAUAAUUAUUUUGCAUCGCCCUAUCCUCACUACGAAGAUUUUGCAUAACCUCCUCCUUAAAUGUAAGCUGACUAUUAACAUGUCUCAGAAGCAUGGUAUGCUACUUAGCAAUAAUAGAUGCAUCACUAUCCUUAUUAAGUGAGAUAUUAAGAAUAAAAUUAAAUAAGAUACCUUCCUUAAUAGCAAUAAUAAUAGGGGUAGUAACAGUAAGGUACCAAUGCUCAGCCUCCAUUCGCUCCCAUAAACACUAAUCCUAUUGAACCUUAUAAAAACAGAAUAGUAAUUCCUCAACCUAUAGAAUAGCAACCUUAAUAACAGUAGACAAUAAUAGGUAAUAUUUAUUACCACUCUCCUAACUAGGCAAUAAACUAAGGCAUUCCUCCUACUAAUAAUAUUUCUAAUAUAGGUUAAUAAUCUUUCAUAUCAACACCCCCUCUACCCCAAAAUUUACCUCCUGCUAUCAUUCAUCAAACAUAACCCAGCAGUAUUGAUAAUUUAACAGUUUUAAUACCUCCAGAUAGAGUAGUGAACAAUAUUAAUUAGAAUGUUAUUGGGAGAAAACAACCUAUUCAACAGAAUUAUACAUAGCAAAGCAAUACACAAUUUUCAAAUUUCAAUACUAGUAUCAAUGAUGUCCAUAAUAUAACAUCUUUAUUAGAUAAUGAUAAUAUAUACCAUCCAUAGCAAAUUCCUAAUGAUAAUCAGCAAGUAUUUUUCAGAUAGUCUAGUUAACCAUAAUAAUAAUAAAACAUUAAUUUUAAUAUGCCUUAUAGAUAAUAACAAUAGUAAAGCGAAUAGUAAUAAUUGCAGUCCUAAGGAAGUAGUGAUGAAGCCUAAAAACAAAGGUAAUUUAGCUAAAAAAAUUAUGGAUUGAAUUCAAAUAGCAACAACAAUUAAAAUAACAAAUAAACUUACAAUCAGUCACAAAACGUUGUUGCAUAAAAUAAUCCUUCAAACAAUUAUUAAUAAAAUAAUUUUAAGAUGUCUAAUUAAUCUAAAAUUCCAAAUGACAAAAUACAGAAAGAGUCUAAGAACAACAAUACUUUCAACAACAAUAAAAUGAAUCCUCACUUAUCAAAUAACUCAAACAGCAACAUUAACAAUAACACUAACAAUCAAAGUUUUAAUACCAACUACAAUAACAAUACGAAUAAUUAUAAUAACAAUAAUAACUGCAACAAUAACAAUAGCAGUAAUAACAAUAAUUCAAAUAGCAUUGGCAGCUCUAAGAACCUCUAAAAGCAAAAAAUUCCUAAUUCAAAUAGUAUUGGCUCAUCUAACAAUAUUGAAGAUCAAAAAGACCCUUAAAAAAUGAAAGAGCCAAAGAAACCUGAAGUAUUGGAAUAAACAGAAGAGAAAAAGAAAGGGAGAUUGAAAUUCUUUGACACUUCAAAUAAUUUUGGUUUCUUCAAUUUGGAUGAAGAUUAGAGUGAUGUUUUUGUUCAUUUAGAUGAUCUUUAAGUUACUACUGUCCCUAAAGACAUCUUAAAACACUCAUCUUUGAUGAACCUUCGUUUUAAAUUUCAUUUCAUUAAAUAUAUUGGCAAACACAAACAAAGCAGAAAGGCUGUUGAUAUUGAAUAUAUUCCAGAGGAAAGUGAAGAAACUAUACUCCCUUAAUUUGCAAAUGUAGCAAAUUCUCAAAGUCAAGAAACUAACUCCUAAUCAUCAAAGAACACAAGUAGCAACACCUUAAACUCUGUAUCUAGUCUUUCUCCUGAUAAAAAAGUCAGAAAAGGGCCUAAUACCCAAAACUAUAAACCCUCUUAAGCCCAAUAAUCCUACUAAAAUAGCAACAACAAUGCUAAUUCAAACGAUAAUAAUAAUUAGUAUUAAUUCAAUAAUUUCAAAGGAUAACCACCUGUCAACAACAAUAGUAUUGCCAAUUAGAAUAACUACAACUCAAAUAAUUCUUACAACCCUAAUAAUCACAGUAAUAAUCAAUUUAAUGGAAGCUAAUAUCAAAAAAGAAACAGCUACAACAAUAAUAACAAUAUAAAUAAUGGCAACCCCAACAAUAAUUACAAUUAUAAUAAUAACAAUCCAAACAAUAACAACUACAAUAGUAAUUUUAAUAAUAACAAUAAUAAUAACUUUAUAAACAAUAACAACUAUAAACAUUAUGGUUAAAAAACAUAUCCUCAAAACAAUGGAGUAUCUUAAAGAACUUAAUAGUAUUGA